AGGACCCAAAGUAGUUUCAGGAAAAACCAAACCACGGCCUGGGUUUUUUUUUUUUUUUUUUUUCGCUGCCUGGAAGAAACAGAACAACCGGGCCCGUGCCAAGGAGAAGGCGUAGACUUCCUCUUCAAAAUUCUCCGGCCAGCUCCGUCCUCCAGCCUGCGAGGGGUUUAGUGUAAUCUUCGUUCCGAGUGGGGUUUUGGGUCGUGCGCGCGUCUGUCUUUACGCCCGACCUUUGCCUCGGAACAACCGCAGGGAUUUCUCCUUUUCUUUGAGACGUCUCAACCCGGGCUGACAUGGACUGGGGAACGGAUCUUUGGGACCAGUGUGAUGCCAUCGACAAACACACGCAGUCGGGCCUUGACUUGGUGGAGCGCUACAUAAAGUUUGUGAAGGAGCGGACAGACAUAGAGCAGAACUACGCCAAGCAGCUGAGGAGUCUGACAAAGAAGUACACCAAACGAGGAAAUAAAGAUGAACAGGACUGCAAAUAUAGUAACUAUGCAUCUUUCCAAGAGAUCCUGAAUGAGCUGAAUGAUUAUGCAGGGCAACGGGAGCUCAUUGCAGAAAACAUGAUGACCGGUAUCUCUGUGGAACUCACCAAAUACCUUCAGGACCUCAAACAGGAGCGCAAAACGCACCUGUCUGAUGCCAAGAAGGCCCAGCAGAAUUUAGAUAGUAGCUUCAAACAGCUAGAGAGUACAAAAAAGCGCUUUGCAAAGGAGUGGGCGGAAGCUGACAAAGCCACACAACAAGCAGAAAAAAUAGAACAUGAACUCAAUGCCACCAAACUGGACGUCGAGAAAGCCAAGCAGCAUGCCCAUGGACGCACACACACAGCAGAGGAGUGCAGAAGUGAAUAUGCAGCACAACUUCAGAGAUACAACAAGGAACAGAGCUCCUUCUACUACUCAGAGAUACCUCAGCUUUUCAAUAAACUGCAGGACAUGGAUGAGCGGAGGAUCCGGCGUCUGGCUGAGGGCUACCGCCAGUUUUCUGAUAUCGAGAAGAACGUGUUGCCCAUCAUCUCAAAGUGUCUCGAAGGAAUCACUGCAGCAGGAUCCAAAAUUGAUGAGAAACAGGCAAGUGACUCGAUGAUUUUCAUAGAGCAAUACAAGUCUGGGUUUGAACGACCAGGAGAUGUUGAGUUUGAAGACUAUUCCCAGGGCAUCAAACCAGCAAACUCAGACUCCAGCCUCCAUCCACCAAAAGUGCGCGCAAAGCUCUGGCCUUUCAAGAAACACAAGAUAUUACAUGCUGAAAAGCACAUGCCACCUGCUGCCGAAGACUUUUCUCACCUUCCCCCCGAACAGAGGAAAAAGAGGCUGCAGGGCAAGAUCGAUGAUAUCUCUAAAGAGCUGCAGAAGGAGCAAGACCAAAGCGAAGCGCUUGAGAAGAUGAAGGGUGUGUACGAGCAGAAUCCACAGAUGGGGGACCCUUCGAGUUUGGAGCCUCAGAUCUCAGAAACGACACAAAACAUCGGCCGCCUGAGGGGGGAGCUUACCAAAUAUGAGACGUGGCUUUCAGAGGCAGUGGGAGGAGAGGACUCCUCAAACUCCAUCAACAACAACUUUCAAUAUAGUGGUUCGACAGCAGACCAGGAUCCGAAUGUGUACGUAGAGUUUGAUGACGAGUUUGAGGAUAUUGAAACCCCUAUUGGCCAGUGCACUGCUCUGUACACCUUUCAAGGCAACAGCGAGGGCACUAUUUCCAUUACGGAGGGGGAGCUGUUGAGUGUUAUGGAAGAGGAUAAAGGAGAUGGAUGGAUGAGAGUCCUCAGAGCCAGUGGAGAGGAGGGCUAUAUACCUUCAUCCUAUGUCAAAACCUAACCUAACCUCCCUCACAUGGCUCAUUAUGUUAAAGAGCUGGAGAUGAAUACAAAAGCCAUUCAAGAUAAUUGAGGGAACUCUACAUCUUCUGUCUCAGCCAGUGACGUGUGUGCUGAGACGAAUAUGAGUGAUUAUCCAGGCUGAUUUCAGUAUCACACACUCCCCAUGUCUGCUAUCUCUGGAAGAAGUCACUUGCAGUCAAAUGCAAAUUUUCAGCCUAGUUUGACCUUUUAAGCAUUUAGGCUCUUUUAGAGUGUAAAAAAACAACAACUUUUGAAUGUAUACCUGAACUUGUGUCACAGUUAUAAUGUGAGUACUCUUGCAAUGCUGCGUUAGCAUCUCUAUGUUUAAAUCUGCCAGUUUGAUCUCCAGCAAUCAAUUCUAAUAACCUGCUGAAUAUGUUUUAAACUCAGAUUUUCUUCUCAUACCACUUUAGUGACAGAAUAAUGUGAGAUUUUUACUAUAGUAAGUAUGUCUUUUAACUGGAUGAAAACCACUGUAGAGAGUGCACAAAUUGUGCCACUCAACAGGGAAGGUUAAGACUGGGUCCACUUUUUUUUUUAAUGUUUGUCUUAAAACAUUCAGUCCUUAUUAAGUUUAUGCACAUAUGUUGUUGUGUUUUGCCUCUUCAUAUUGAACAUUAAAUGAUUCUGUCAUUGUAUAUUUCCCAAAAAGUUAUUGAUACGAUAAAUUGGAAUCAUAUUUGGACACAAAUUCCUGUCUGUGUGGGUGUCACUGUUCUCUAGCUCAAGAUAGAAAUACGGUCUUGUAUAUCAAAAUAGAAUAAAUUUAAAGUGCUGCACUUUUGGAAGGUAUCCAAGUCUUGAAGAAUAGGUCAUACUGCAAGAGUCACCUAUUUGCUUUAAUUUACUUCUGGGUACAUAUUGUUCUGCCUGCCAUCACAUCUUUCUGAUGUACUCUGAUAGUGGAACUCUUCAGAACAUGAAGAGAUAGAAACAUACUACAUGGACAGCCUGUUUGUAAUAUUCAUGGUAGUACUGUGAAGACAAACUGGAAACAAUGUGAACACGUGCUUUGACCUCAUUUGACAGAUUUUUUCGCUGUGCUACCACAAAGGGAAAUUACCUUUAAAUAAUUAUUUUUUGUACAUUUUAGGCAGAAUGUGAAAAAAACAAAUAAAACAGUGCAGCAACAGUAAAAAUCAAAGUUUAAUGAAAAUAAAGUUUUUAUCACUUAACUCUUGUAAUUAACUAUGUGCUGUUUGGAAUGUUGUGACAUUGCAUUUCUUUAUCAGAUUUUAGAUUUGGACUGUAGACGGUCUAAACCUUCGCGAAUAUGUGCCUGAGCUCUAAGUUUGAGCAGUUUUAGUUCUAACGGUCAACUGGGUCCUCUUAAUGUUGCUCCAAUUCUGUUUGAGAAAUCCUGUCAUUGUAUUGUUGUAUUGAUAGGACCAGAAACCCAAACACAAGACUCAGGUAAGAUUUCUUUCCAUUUGACAUUUGUUUGUUGAAACCUUUAAAAUGUUUUCCAUGGGAACUCUCAGCAUCAUUAAAGCCAAAGUUAUUUAUCUAAAACUAAAGUAAAAUAAAGAAUUCAAAAGACUUGUAAGAGAUACUCGGUUAACCUUCUUUUUUCAUAUUUUGAGCGUCUAUACUUUCUCUUUUAGCUCUGGAGAGGCUAUGUAUAGAUGGUUAUAAUAAAUAAACUUUAGCCAUUCUAAAAUCAUCUCAAAUCCGGAUGGUCUGUUGAGCUUAAUGUCAGAUGAAUACAUUUUCCCCAGGAAGAAUUUAAAGCCAGGAACUAGGAAAUUAGGUUUCUGCGAUACAUUUCCUGACUCAGAUUUAAAAAUUACAAAUACGAAAUGUCUGAAAUUUCUCACAGAACCAAAUUUGGUUUAAUAAUCCGAUUUUCUGCCACUCACACCAUUUUAACAUUUAAAAGAUUUUCCACUUUGGAAUUAAAUGAUUUGUUUAAACGUACCACAGACAAAAUGAAAAAGACCUAUCUUGUCUUGGUUCACCGUGUGAGCAUACAAAUCCAUUUACAAAGUACACACAUUUUUAUUCCCCCUCUUUUAAUGGAUUGCAAACACUGUAAUAAAAG